CUCCCCCACUUAAACAAAAGUAGCACCUCUCCGGAGUGAAGCAAACACCACUCCUUUUUCUUUUCAACUUGUUGCUGAUUGUUGGUAAUCUGUAGCUGUCUUGGGAUCUUGUUUUAUGCUGCUUGACAAUCUUUCUUCCCCAUGAAUUAAACUGGUUAGGAUAUCCAUGGAGAUAGGAUUUUUGUGUUGGGGUUUUCAUGUUACUUUUUGUUGGAUUUAGCAGAGACCACAACUUCCAUUUCUUUCUGAAGUGGAGCUGGAGCUUGAAGACAUUUACUCUGAUACUUAGGAACUCUGCAGAAUUGAGUCUCUGAUGGCUGUUUCCACAAAGAUCCCUUAGCUGGAAAUAGAUGUAUUCCACUCAACAAUCCCAGAAUGUUGUUGGAACAUCAACAACAUCCACUUUGAUGGCUCCCUGUGCUGCUGCAAGAGUUGCCCAAGAGAGCUCAGGAAACACCUGGGAUCCCCUGGCUGCAGUGGUCCGACAGAUGGAUUCUAACGAGGCACAUAUGAUAUCUUCUUACCACAUUAGAUUACCCCUAGACCAAGAAACAGGUGAUUUGGUUGCUGAUGGUGGUCUCUCAUCCUGUGACAAUGGAAGAUCUCAGGAAGACAAGAGUUCUUUUGCUCCCUGCCAUCCACAUGUCCCUGCAAGUAGCAAGCGUAUCGCUGAGACAAACAUCAAAGGAAACAAGAGGAAGAGUCAAGCCGAGUGUGGUACUUCAACAUCCCAGUCUCUAGAGGAAAGAGUUCAAGCUGAAGAACAGCAUGAUGUUUCAUUUGAGUCUGGCAAAGCUGCGACAGGGAAAGAUGGGAAGGAACAGAAGAAUGAAGUCAAACGAGGUGGCAACAAUCACAAGAAUGAUUGCACUCACGUCAGGGCUAAGCGAGGUCAGGCAACCAACAGCCACAGCCUUGCAGAGAGAAUUAGAAGGGAAAAGAUCAGUGAAAGGAUGAGACUUCUCCAGGAUCUUGUUCCAGGGUGCAGCAAGAUUAACGGCAAGGCAUUGAUGCUUGAGGAGAUCAUCAAUUAUGUGCAGUCAUUGCAACGCCAAGUUGAGUUCCUCUCAAUGAAGCUUGCGACUGUAGAUCCAGAACUGAACUUUGAUCUUGAUCAAACUCUUUCUGGAGAUGUCCAUUCAUGCUAUGGAGGUUCAGCUGUUCUUGCAUUUGGUCCAGGAAUGAGCAGCUUCCAACCUCAUUUGUAUGAAUCAACAUCACAAAGAGUCACUCAACCUGAAAUGUUCUGCACUGCUCCCAGUCCAGGGGACUUCCUGCAAGCCUUCCUCUCACAGACCAAUAUUUCUCAGUUAGGAGGAGCAUGGCAUGAUGAGUUCCAUUCCUGAAGAAACUUCCACAGAGCUGAAUUUUACUAAUUCAUUGGUAGGUGGCCUUAGAUCACUCUGAACUUUUAGGUUCAGCUCAUGAAAAUUUGUCUGGCG